UCAAAUUAGGCGCUGUUCUCUUUUCACAUUAAUUAAAGAUUUUGGAUAAGAUUUAUUUAUUUACACGUGCUAUUGAAAAAAGUUAGUAUACAUGCAUAGCCAGACGUAAAGUUGUAUCAGAAUAAAACGUUACUUCGAGGUUCACACCCUAUCUGUACUGAACACAAAUAUUUGCCGCCAUUUUUCUGGAGGCAGAACCUCUGCUAACAGGUCUUGCGUUCUUACAUUAUUAUCAUCACACAACCAGUUGACACAGUUUAACGUUUUAAGUCAGUCCCUGAAAUGACUACUAAAAAGAAACGUUCUGCGAACACCGACAGCGACAGCUGGGUUGUCAUUGCUCCAGAUUCAGCACUGGACACAGGCAGGUCUGAAGAGGGUGAUCCGUCCUUCAUCAAACUAAAGAAUCCUGCUACAGGCAGUUCUUCACUGUACCUGUUUGGCUGUGGCGAUGUCAGUGUUUAUGAAGUAAAAGCCUUUUCUGAAGACUUUCGGUCUUGGUUCAUUGGACAGACAGUGCAAAGAGAUGGUAGACUGCUGUAUGUGACUCCCAUUGAUCCUUUAUUUCUGCUGUUGCCAUACAUUAGCAGUACUGCCACCGAGGGAAAGUUCCAGCCGGCGAAGCAGAUGAUUAUGGAUGAGGAUUACCCUGGAUGCACAAGACUUCUGCAUUGCAAACAGGGACUGGAUUCCCUUCAUCAUGUGGCUGAUGAGAAAGAGGUAGGCGGUUUAAAGUUUCACAGAUAUAACCAGGAGAAGACCUUAGAGUGGCUCAAGAAAAAGGUCCAACGCACAGUAAUAACACUCAAAAAGAGCAACAUAUCUGUGGGCGGAGGAGUGAAAUCCAGCAUGUUCGUCAGAGUGAAACAUGAAGAUGCUACUGAAGAGGACUACUUGCGUUAUGCACAUGGUCUCAUAUCAGAGUACAUCAGUGAAGACCUGAGCAAAGCUCUCCUCAAGCAUCUGCAGUUGCCAGAGAUAUCCAGCCCUAAAGAGACCGAGCCGCCUUCUAAGAAACGGAAACUGUCCGAUAAACCAGUAGAGGCUGGGGAAGACUACACCAAGUUCAACAGUGCUGAUUUUGCACGAAAACCACAGAAGAAGAUGACUGCAGCUCAGAAGAGUCUUGCCAAAGUAGACAAAACUGGCAUGAAGAGCUUGUCAGCGUUCUUCAGCCCCAAAGUCAAACAAGAGAAGAACUGAGUGAGUGUUUGUGUGAGUGUCAAAACAUUUUGCUAAUAAAGUUAUUAGAAAAUAAUUUC